AGAGGCUGGGGGUGGGGGGGGAGGUCAAGCGUAGCCUCUUCUCCUUUACCAAGAUGGCGGCUUGUCCCUGUUUCGCCACAGUUCCUACCUUAUGAGCUUGGUUUCCUUACGCUGAUAAAGUGGAAGAGCAAAAACUGGCAGGCUGACAGAGGCGGCCUCGGGACGGACUCUCUGGCUACUGACCGCUUUGCUGUGGCUCACCCAUCGGAUUGUGCGCGGGCGCGAGAUCAACCAUGAGCUCCGUUGCAGUUUUGACCCAAGAGAGCUUUGCUGAACACCGAAGUGGGCUGGUUCCUCAGCAGAUCAAAGUUGCUACUUUAAAUUCAGAAGAGGAGAGCGACCCUCCAACCUACAAAGAUGCCUUCCCUCCACUCCCUGAGAAAUCGGCUUGCUUGGAAAACGCCCAGGAGCCUGCUGGCGCCUGGAGUAACAAGAUCCGGCCCAUCAAAGCUUCCGUCAUCACUCAGGUGUUCCAUGUGCCCCUGGAGGAGAGAAAAUACAAGGACAUGAACCAGUUUGGAGAAGGUGAACAAGCAAAAAUCUGCUUGGAGAUCAUGCAGAGGACCGGCGCCCAUCUGGAGCUGUCUCUCGCCAAAGACCAGGGUCUCUCCAUCAUGGUGUCGGGGAAGCUGGAUGCUGUCAUGAAAGCCCGGAAGGACAUUGUUGCUAGACUGCAGACUCAGGCCUCAGCAACUGUUGCCAUUCCCAAAGAACACCAUCGCUUUGUUAUUGGCAAAAAUGGAGAGAAACUGCAAGACUUAGAGCUCAAAACUGCAACCAAAAUCCAGAUCCCACGCCCAGAUGACGCCAGCAAUCAGAUCAGGAUCACCGGUACCAAAGAAGGAAUCGAGAAAGCUCGCCAUGAAGUCUUGCUCAUCUCCGCUGAGCAGGACAAACGUGCUGUCGAGAGGCUGGAAGUGGAGAAGGCAUUCCACCCCUUCAUCGCUGGGCCUUAUAACCGACUUGUUGGUGAGAUCAUGCAGGAGACAGGGACGCGCAUCAACAUCCCCCCACCCAGCGUCAACCGGACAGAAAUUGUCUUCACUGGAGAGAAGGAGCAGUUGGCCCAGGCUGUGGCUCGCAUCAAGAAGAUUUAUGAGGAGAAGAAAAAGAAGACCACAACCAUCGCUGUGGAGGUAAAGAAGUCCCAGCACAAGUAUGUCAUCGGGCCCAAGGGCAAUUCCUUACAGGAGAUCCUGGAAAGAACAGGCGUGUCUGUGGAGAUCCCACCCUCAGACAGCAUCUCCGAGACUGUGAUACUUCGAGGCGAGCCUGAAAAGCUGGGGCAGGCGCUGACUGAAGUCUAUGCCAAGGCCAACAGUUUUACGGUAUCGUCCGUCUCCGCUCCUUCCUGGCUUCACCGAUUCAUCAUUGGCAAGAAAGGGCAGAACCUGGCCAAGAUCACUCAGCAGAUGCCUAAGGUUCACAUCGAGUUCACAGAAGGUGAGGACAAGAUCACUCUGGAAGGCCCCACAGAGGAUGUAAACGUGGCCCAGGAACAGAUUGAAGCCAUGGUCAAAGACCUGAUUACCCGGAUGGACUAUGUGGAGAUCAACGUGGACCACAAGUUCCACAGGCACCUCAUCGGGAAGAGCGGGGCCAACAUAAACAGAAUCAAAGACCAGUACAAGGUGUCCGUGCGCAUCCCUCCUGACAGUGAGAAGAGCAACCUGAUCCGUAUCGAGGGGGACCCGCAGGGUGUGCAGCAGGCCAAGCGGGAGCUGCUGGAGCUUGCCUCUCGGAUGGAAAACGAGCGUACCAAGGAUCUGAUCAUUGAGCAGAGAUUCCAUCGCACCAUCAUUGGCCAGAAGGGUGAACGGAUCCGUGAAAUUCGUGACAAAUUCCCAGAGGUUAUCAUCAACUUUCCAGACCCAGCACAAAAGAGUGAUAUCGUCCAACUCAGAGGGCCCAAGAAUGAGGUGGAAAAAUGCACCAAAUACAUGCAGAAGAUGGUGGCAGACCUGGUGGAAAAUAGUUACUCAAUUUCUGUUCCGAUCUUCAAACAAUUUCACAAGAACAUCAUUGGGAAAGGAGGCGCAAACAUUAAAAAGAUCCGAGAAGAAAGCAACACAAAGAUCGACCUUCCAGCAGAGAAUAGCAAUUCAGAGACCAUUGUCAUCACAGGCAAGCGAGCCAACUGUGAGGCUGCCCGGAGCCGCAUCCUGUCCAUCCAGAAAGACCUGGCCAACAUUGCCGAAGUGGAGGUCUCCAUCCCCGCCAGGCUGCACAACUCCCUCAUCGGCACGAAGGGCCGCCUGAUCCGCUCCAUCAUGGAGGAGUGCGGCGGGGUGCACAUCCACUUCCCUGUGGAGGGCUCGGGGAGUGACACAGUUGUCAUCAGGGGCCCGGCCUCGGAUGUGGAGAAGGCCAAGAAGCAGCUCCUGCACCUGGCAGAGGAGAAGCAAACCAAGAGUUUCACUGUUGACAUCCGCGCCAAGCCGGAAUACCACAAGUUCCUCAUUGGCAAAGGGGGUGGCAAAAUACGCAAGGUGCGCGACAACACUGGAGCCCGUAUCAUAUUCCCUACGGCUGAGGACAAGGAUCAGGACCUGAUCACCAUCAUUGGGAAGGAGGAUGCUGUCAGGGAGGCACAGAAGGAGCUGGAGGCCCUUAUUCAGAACCUGGAUAACGUGGUGGAGGACUGCAUGCUGGUGGACCCCAAGCACCACCGCCAUUUUGUCAUCCGGCGAGGCCAGGUCUUGCGGGAGAUUGCUGAAGAGUAUGGUGGGGUGAUGGUUAGCUUCCCACGUUCUGGCACGCAGAGUGAUAAGGUCACCCUCAAGGGCGCCAAGGACUGUGUGGAGGCGGCCAAGAAGCGCAUUCAGGAGAUCAUCGAGGACCUGGAAGCCCAGGUGACCAUAGAGUGUGCCAUACCCCAGAAGUUCCAUCGAUCUGUCAUGGGCCCCAAAGGUUCUAGAAUCCAGCAGAUUACUCGGGACUAUAACGUUCAGAUUAAAUUCCCAGACAGAGAGGAGAACCCAGUUCACAGCGUGGAGCCGCAAGUCCAGGAGAACGGUGACGAUGCUGGAGACGGGAGGGACACCAAAGACGCCGACCCUGGCUCCCCAAGGAGAUGUGACAUCAUCAUCAUCUCUGGCCGGAAGGAAAAGUGCGAGGCCGCCAAGGAAGCCCUCGAGGCACUGGUUCCCGUCACCAUCGAAGUGGAGGUCCCCUUUGACCUUCACCGGUACAUCAUCGGGCAGAAGGGGAGCGGGAUCCGGAAGAUGAUGGAUGAGUUUGAGGUGAACAUCCACGUGCCGGCACCAGAACUACAGUCUGACGUCAUCGCCAUCACUGGCCUCGCCGCGAAUCUGGACCGGGCCAAGGCUGGGCUGCUGGAGCGAGUGAAGGAGCUGCAGGCUGAGCAGGAGGACCGAGCUUUAAGGAGCUUUAAGCUGAGCGUCACUGUGGACCCCAAAUACCAUCCCAAAAUUAUUGGGAGGAAAGGGGCAGUGAUUACUCAGAUCCGCUUGGAACAUGACGUGAACAUCCAGUUUCCCGAUAAGGAUGACGGGAACCAGCCCCAGGACCAAAUAACCAUCACAGGGUAUGAAAAGAAUACAGAAGCCGCCCGGGACGCUAUAUUGAAAAUCGUGGGUGAGCUUGAACAGAUGGUUUCUGAGGACGUCCCGCUGGACCACCGUGUUCACGCCCGCAUCAUUGGUGCCCGUGGAAAAGCCAUCCGCAAAAUAAUGGAUGAAUUCAAGGUGGACAUUCGUUUCCCGCAGAGUGGGGCCCCAGAUCCCAACUGCGUCACUGUGACGGGGCUCCCAGAGAACGUGGAGGAGGCCAUCGACCACAUUCUCAACCUAGAGGAGGAAUACCUGGCUGACGUGGUCGACAGCGAGGCGUUGCAGGUGUACAUGAAGCCGCCAGCCCACGAGGAGUCCAGGGCGCCAUCCAAGGGCUUUGUGGUACGGGACGCUCCCUGGACCGCCAGCAGCAGCGAGAAGGCUCCUGACAUGAGCAGCUCGGAAGAAUUUCCCAGUUUUGGGGCUCAGGUGGCCCCCAAGACCCUGCCAUGGGGCCCCAAGCGAUAAUGACCGAAAAGCAGAAAUCUCUCCAGCCUGCUGACCCAAACCCCACCAACACAUGGUUUGUCUCAAUCUGACCCGGCGGCUGGAGCCUCUAUAAAUUGCUGACGCUUCCCCCUCCCCGAGGUCUCGCAGCGAAGCCAGGCGCGCCAGCACCCCGCGUGCGCUCAGGAUCUGCUCCCUGACACCUUCGCUCUGGGACGGCUCUCCACUGUCGUGAACACUAACCGAGGUAAUUGGACAUUUCCCCGUCAGCGUCCCGGCUCAUCCAGCAUGUCCGUAAGGCUCCGGCCUCCGCUAGGAGAGCUCCACAGCUGUGGCGGAGUCUACUUCCUGUGUCAUGACCUCAGGAAAUAAAUUUCCUUGACUUUAUAAAAGCCAAAA